UAUUAAUGACCUUACCAGUAAAGACAUCACUAAAGACGAAACAGGUCAAAGAUAUGCUAGUUAGCGUUUCAAAGUUUUUGUUUACGUGAAAAAGAGGCGACAAAGUUAAUCAAAAUGAUAUUGAAGAUCCAGCAGAAUGCUGGGACGUCGUUAUACAUUAUGUUAUUGUGCUUUCCAAACUUCCUCAAUGGAUUACCUAAAAAUCGAGAAAAACGAAGCUUCAUGGACUCUUUUAUGGGAAUAUCUAGAGGAUAUUAUAAUCCAGAAUAUGAAGGUUCCAAUCUAAUUCAAUCUUUCUUAGCACCAGCUCACCAGAUUAAUUUCCAACGUAGUCAAGAUGGUGAUUUUAUAUUACACGUUCCUUUUGAAGAGGAGGCAGAAGUGAAAUUUCUGAAUGUAUAUCAAGAUCCGGAUUGUCCACCUAAUCAAGGUGUGGAGUUUAUUCCAUACCCGCCAAGAACACCAACAAGGUAUCCGUCUAAAGAUACAGUAAUAGACAGCGAUCUAGUGACAUCAGAAAAAGGAAAAAUAUAUAAAUAUACAAGUAGUCCCACAACUACUUUAACCAAUGAUAAUCCAAUGUCUGUUAAAGUUCCCUUAACUAGUAUCGUAGAUAGCAAAGAAUCUACAGAUAUGUCCAAAGCAAUAUCCAAAGAUACAGAUGAAUAUGUAAAAGAUACACAAGAUAUUAACAUUUCAGUUCCUCCUGCUAUUCAGACUUCUGAAACAACUAUUACUCAAGACAAUUCUGCUUUGAAGGAAGAAGUAGAUAAGAUAUUUCAAAAAGGAACCAAUACAGAAACUAUUUCUACUAACAUAAAAAUAUCCGAUGAUGAUGAAGUUAACCCUGUAAUUCCAAUAAUUCCUGUUAACACACAAACAAAUAAUGAAAAAACUGUUACGAAUGUAUAUGAGUAUAAUGAAAAACUUACUCAAAAUAGUGACAAUAUCAAGGAGGGUUGGAUACAGAUUCCGAAAUUACAUUAUCAUCCAGCAACAACUAAUUCUGUAGAGAAUACUAAUGAAGUUUCAGAGUCUAGCAAGUCAGUGUAUAGCUUUUUGAAGGACACAAUCAACAACAUUCCAUCGCAAAACAAUGUCCCCUUCAUUGGCACCCAGUCAAAUCAGGAUCUCCCUACUCCAAACUUUGACAAUCUUGAAGAUCUACUGAACCGGACUAGAUUAAACAACACCACUGUGGUUUAUACUAGAUCGAUAGAUUUACCUCCUUAUAUACCAAAUGGUUUGUCCGCUCCACCUACACUAGGAUUUAAAGAAAACAACUACUUAACGGCUCCAGAUCCAUCUAAUCCACCUGCUCCUUUGAAUCGUCAACCAAAUACUCUUCUAAUAGACGAUUGGUUGGAGAUGAGUAGGAAGAUGUAUAAUAAACUUUCACCAGAAGAUAAAAGAAAAGUGUAUGAAGCUAACAAAGCUGUAGUUACAGGAAAAUAUAGAUAUGAUAACGACGACAUCUCUGACGUCAAGAUGAAGUUGCUGAAAGAUAACUAUUUAGUAGCAGAUAGAAUCAAGGAUCCUGCUAUCGAUGUCAGAAUUAAAGGAGGCGGUAAUACUAGAAGUAAUACUAUAAAGAACUAUUUUGAUACAAUAAAUUCUAUAGAAAAUGAAACUAAAACAGACUCUGAAUUAAGAACAAACAAAAUCAAAUUGGGAAGUAGAAUAGGCUUUCCUGAAGAAGGUAACUUCAAUAAUAAGCCUUUUCCAGAAAAAUCAGAUGUAAAAAGUUAUACAGUAAAGGAGAGUGAUUCCAAAAAAGAUAAUGAACCUUUAAAUGUUAAAGAAAAAACAGUAGAAAAUACGGCUUCGUUUAAAAAUAAUUUAAAAACAAAAACAAGUGACGCUAUUAGACAUACACUAGAUAAAGGGACUAAACUAUCAAGUCAAACUGAAUCAACCGUGUUAACUCAAACAAAACCGUCAUUUCCAACAUCACUUUCGAACAUCGAUAAUGAACGAAUAAAAAAUAGCAAAGAAUUUGAUGAUUUUGAAAGACCUGUCAUUCCUGAUAAUGUCUUGGCAAUGUUUGAUCCUAAUUUUGAUGACAAAGACACCUCCGAUAAUGAAAUACAGGAUGACGAUGAACCUUCACCGUUGACAACCAAACAGGCUGCUGUUACAACGACAACACUACCACCAAUACCUCUACCACCUCCACCACCGCAAAAACUACCACGUGCUCCACUGUCAAUACCUCGUCCAUCAAUAUCACAACCUCCAUUUCCACCAUCACCAGCUUCAAGACCAGCUACUCCCAAUAUUCCACCUAUGCUAAAUGAAAAUUAUGCCCACACCUUAUGGUCCAGUGCUAGCAAUAACAUAGCGGCAAGACCACCUCCACCUAGGCGCCCAAUAUAUCGGCCCAGUAGACCUAUUAAUAGGCCCACUUCAAAUGAUAUUUUGGCAGAAAUUUUCAGCCAAAUUGUGGAAGGAGUUACAAGGACAAUUAUCACAGAAACAGCUAGAAAUUAUGGAGGACCGGCUGGUAUGGAAUUCAUUAGACGAUUGGGUCUAUAACUUUUGUUAUAAGAUUUUUUGUAAAUAUUUAUAUAUUAGUUUUAUUAAUAAAUCAAUGAUUUUAUAUUUUAUUUUAUUUA